AUGUCUGCCCAAUCAGAAACCUCGCCUGCAAAGCAGACGCAGGAUGCCAACACUCCGAAUCAGAGUUUGCCCAUUCACGAGUUUGAGAUCAAGGACGACGAGAUCGAGGUCGAAGAGAUUAAGGGCAUCAAAUUGUUUACAAUCAUGCUUGCAUUGUGUCUAGCCGUCUUUUGUGUUGCCUUGGAUAACACCAUCAUAGCGACAGCAAUCCCCCACAUUACAAACGAGUUUGAAACUGUUCAGGAUAUUGGUUGGUACGGGUCGGCAUAUUUCCUAACAACUUGUGUUUGCCAACCAGUUUUCGGCACAUUGUACAGCUCUUUUGAUUUCAGAGGCACCUUUUUGUUUGGGCUCGCCAUGUUUGAAAUAGGGUCCCUAGUCUGUGGAGUUGCUAGAGCAUCUUCAGUCUUCAUUGUGGGGAGAGCCAUCGCGGGGCUCGGGGCUGCUGGGAUCAUCUCUGGUCCUUUAGUAUUGAUUGCAAGAAUUCUACCAAUGAGCAAGCGACCGCAGUUCAGUUCAUUGAUCCUAUCGAUGUGGGGAUUCGCAUCCGUUGCAGGCCCAUUGAUGGGUGGUGCAAUGUCAGACAGGGCAACGUGGAGAUGGUGCUUUUUCAUCAACCUACCAGUCGGUCUCAUUUCAACGGUUCUGAUCCUCUGGCUCUUGCAUUUGCCCCAGACAGACAAGCAGAUGCAGCUCUCAUUCAUAAACCGAGUUAAACGCAUCGAUUUCUUGGGUAUGGUCACGUUCAUGGUAGCCACCAUCUGUUUGCUCCUUGCACUUCAAUGGGGUGGAACAGCAUAUUCAUGGUCCAAUGCAAGGAUCAUUGUCCUCUUUUGUAUGUUUGGAUUUCUAACAGUUGCGUUUGUGGUAAUUCAAAUUUGGAAGGGAGAUGCCGCAAUAGUCCCACCUAAAGUCGCUGGACAACGAUCCAUUGCGUUUGCCGCCUUAUUCUCAGCUUGCUUGGGUGGAGGAUUCUUCUUCUUCGUGUACUACAUUCCUUUUUGGUUCCAAGCGGUCAGCGGAGCCAGUGCUACCGAGUCUGGCUUGGACAACGUUCCGCUUAUGUUGUCACAAGCCAUUGGCACCGUCGUUUCUGGCGCCUUGACCGCCAGAUGGGGUCACUACAUGCCCUUCGUCAUGCUUUCGGUGGUCCUAAUGUCGACAGGUGCAGGGCUAAUCACAACAUUCUCGAUUGGCAUGCCUGCGAGUAAAUGGAUUGGAUAUCAAAUCCUCUAUGGCCUUGGAGUUGGAGUUGGGUUUCAGCAGCCACAGAUUGCUGUACAGGCCAUUCUCUCCUCGGAUCUAAUUGCGAUCGGAAUCUCUCUGAUGUUCUUCACCCAGCUCCUGGGAGGUGCCGUCUUUCUUGCCAUCGGCCAGAAUGUCUUUGCGAAUCGACUAGUGGCAGAGCUGAGUGCCAGUCAAGUUCCAGGGUUAGAUCCGAUCAUGAUCCUUGAGUCGGGUGCAACCGAAUUUCGCCAUGGCCUAGGCCUCCAGGCCGACCAAAUCCUUGUGGUUAUUCAGGCAUAUGCAACAGCAUUGGUUGCUUCCUACAGAGUGGGACUAAUUGUCUCUUGUUUGGCGAUGCUCGGAGCAUUAGGUAUGAAGUGGAAGUCUAUCAAAGGACUGGCGACGAUUGAAGUUGGCAUGUGA